CCGAGAGUGUUGCCGGCCUAGAACUCCCUUUCUUCCCCCCCCCCCACCACCUCCUCCAUCUAGCCAUCAUGGCUGACGAUACCGCCCCCGCGGAUCAGUCUCCUAUCACUUUCAAUGUCAAGGCAUCCAACGACGCCAAAUAUACGUUGACUUUGCCUCUCUCCACCUCCGUGUCGGAUUUGAAGGAGCUGCUCUCCGCCUCGGACUAUGCAGACACCCCCGCGGAGCGACAACGUCUGAUUUAUUCGGGUCGCGUUCUCAAGGAUAAUGAAACCCUAAACACGUACAAGAUCAAGGAUGGACAUACCAUUCACCUGGUGAAAAGCGCCGCCAGCAAUCCAACCCAGAGUGCUUCACAGCGCACGGCAACCCCCACGCCUGCGGGGCCUGCGGCCAACCCUGCGGCGAGUGGCGUCCCCACCAACCUUGCCGCCGGUACGGGCAACAACCCGCUGGCCGGUUUGACCGGCGCACGAUAUGCGGGAUUUGCACAACUUCCGGGCGCGGGCAUGUUCGGUCCUGAUGGCGGGAUGGGACCGCCUCCUGAUUCGGAGACCAUGCUCAACAUGCUCGAAAACCCUCAGUUCCAAUCUACCAUCAACGAAGCCCUGCAGAACCCGGACAUGAUCGAUAUGAUGAUUCAACAGAACCCCCUUCUGCGCGAUAUGGGUCCGGGCGUGCGACAGAUGAUGCAGAGCCCAGACUUCCGUCGGAUGCUGACGGACCCCAGCUCCCUCCGUCAAAUGAUGCAGAUGCAACGGGCCAUGGGGGGCGGCGGUAUGAUGGGCGGUAUGGGCGGCGGUGGUGGUGCCAGUGCAUUCCCUGCCCCCGGGGUCACCAACACCACGCCGGAGGAGAACCGCGCUGGGCAGGAGGGUGCGACCGGCAAUAACAAUACCCCCUCGCCGCUCGCCGGCCUCCCUCCGUUCAAUCCCUUUAUGCCACAGGGCAUGGGUGCGGGCAACCCGUUUGCUGCCCUUUUCGGUGGCAACCCGGCCAACAACCCCGCCUCCCCGAGCAACCCCCAAGAUCCAGCCCAGCCGGCGACCGGGGACAACCCCACCGGGCAGAACCCGAACCCCCAGGCCACGAACCCUCUGGCUGGUCUGCUGAACCCGGCCAUGUUUGGCAACGGGCAAGGCGGUGCGGGAGGCGUCAACCCCUUCAACCCGCAGACCAACCCCUUCCUGCGGGACCCGGCGAGGGGAGGGGGGCGCCGGGGGGCGAACCCGCUGGCCGCUCUCCUGGGGGGUGGUGGCGGCGGCUUCGGGGCCGCGCCCCCCGACAACCGGCCCCCGGAGGAGCGAUAUGCGGAGCAGCUGCGGCAGCUGAAUGACAUGGGAUUCUUUGAAUUUGAGAGGAACAUCGAGGCUCUCCGUCGAGCUGGUGGCAGUGUGCAGGGGGCGGUGGAAUACCUGCUUAGCCAUCCAUCGUGAUUCCGUGCUGACAGGCCGCGCUUGGCUCGGAAAUGAGGUCUUUGCUGGUGUUUCAUUCAUGACUACUUAUUACCCUUUGCAUGGCUUUCUUCUCUUCUUUUUUCCCUCAUUUUUAUUUUUCAUCUCAUUCUAUCUUUAUUAUUCAUCUUCUCCGUCUUCCCUCUUUGAUGUCCAAUAAUGGGGUGGUCUAUAUCCGCCAAUGUCAUAUGACUCAGUUGAUAGGUAUUUCUGUACACCGUUGGUCUGCAAGUUGAUGACCGUAGUGAUGCACUG